UCUCAGUGUCGUAGGAAGCGCGUUGCUGUACUUUGGCUUUACAACAUCUGAGCUCAAAUAACCUUUUCUUUUACCCUUUUCUUUUUUAAUUAAGUUUUUUCGUUUUUUCCCUUAAUCAAUCGACGUCUCAAAAUAUCAGUUAACAAUUUAAGUUUACACAAUAUCCAGGAACACAGCCAUGAUCACCAGAAAAAGAGGAAGAAGCAGCCUAACCGCUGACAUUACAUGCACAAGUACCUCCCACGAGAUUGAUAGUGUUUCUAUAGUCAGUAAUACAAGUGAAACGAACAUGACUUCUCCAGAAAGUGACACCAAUGAUUGGGGCCUGGAUGACCUGCUUGACUCCGGGCUCAACUGGGACCUGGACAACGAUGUGCUUGAUGAUUUCGUCAACUUUGAAUCACAGACGACGACGAGUGAUGAGACCGACCAAAGCGCAGGGCUUGACGUUCCCUCAUCCCACAGUAGAGGUGUAGUCCAGAGGUCAAAACUGCAAGGUGUCUCUGGUCGGAUCAUCAACAAGAAUGCCAUUGCAGCGAGGAUGAACCGAUUAAAGAAGAAAGAAUACGUCAGUGGCUUGGAACAGAGAGUUGGAUCUUUGACGACAGAAAACGGUGUUCUCAAGCAGGAGAACGGGAAUCUCAACAAGAGAGUGGAAGAGUUGGAGAAUGAGACUAGGUACUUGAGAGCCGUGUUGGCCAAUGAGAGCAUGCUGGCUCAGCUGUUGUCUAGAUUGAGCGGUGUGAACGGCAUGAAAUUCUCUACCUCGCUUUUCCAGGAAUCCAACGAGAAUGACCACGAUUACGCCAUGCCGAGGAAGAGGGUAAAGGUGGAAGACAAAGAUACUGCAGGUGGUGUCUGCCUGCAUGUGGACAAAGACCACGUCUCGGUGGAAUUCUGCACCAAAUGUGCAGAGAGUUCAAGCUUGUCGCAUAAAAUGUAGGGUCAAGUAUUUUACCUUUUCAACGUUUCCUGAGACUGAACAUUUGCACAAGAUGUAAAUGAGGGGACAUGACGACAGUAGUUGUCAAAUAUAGAUUUAACUGUUUAAAUGUGUGCAGAGCUUGAAUGGCAUGUCUAUUGAACUUGCUUUCAAUACAAGUUACUGCUAAACUUGUUGACAGUUUUCUUCUAGGUGCUUGGUCCGCCAUGCUGGAUGAGUGGGUCACAGAACAUCCUUGACUGCUGAAAUCCAUGGUAAGGAUCAAGCUGUAGAAGACUGCACAGAACUGGUUAACUCCUAAGAUGAGGACAAUGCUUUUUGCCAGUUCACGGCACAAUAUGAACUGCAAAUAAACCCCAUAAUUUCUGCUUCGUUUUCAUUUGGUAUCUGUUUAAAGUAUAGAAUAUAAUCUACAAGAAGAAAUUAAGCACCGUUUUUUUUUUUUUAAUGCAUACUUUGGUUGUUUAUUGGAUUACUCAGUUGUAGUAUGUAAUUUCAGUUAAAAUAAACUUUGAGGGAAGUAGUAAAAAAAGUUAAAGAAAUAUGUAAAUGGGUGAUGUUUCACAAAGGGCUUCCACUUGCAUUAAUCGGGUAUGUACCCAUUUUUUUUAGUGUUGAUACAUUUGAUGUUGAUUUCAAUACAAGAUUCCAUGCAAGUUUGCAUUUUGCUGAAAAUAGAUGAGCCCUUUCUGAAAUAACACCAUUUUUCUAAAGAAUGUUUUUCAUGUAGAACCCUUAUUUUUCUUUAUGCUAAAGUGGAUUUUGCUGUGGGGAAAGCAGAAGAAUCGGGACCAGCAACUUGCAUCAUGGCCUGGUAAAUUUAAAAAAAGGUAGUACAUGAAACCGUGUAAGUUACAGUUUUACUGAUUCUUUAUCACACCCCUAAAGACGUCAGACGCUGUAAUGCUCAUUUAGCAUCUAAAUGAGUAUUUAAACUCUCCUGUUUAUGAUAGUUUCACUACAAUACAUUUUACAUCUGUCAUUUCCAUGUGUUUCAUCUUGAUUUGUUAAGGCACUUGGGCUAUAUUUGACCGUUGUCAGGAGAAAUGCUAUGUUCUAAAACAGAAUUUUCAAAGGGUCUUGGUUUUUGAGUAUGAUCAUCUAUGUGUAAGGUGUAAUGGAAAUCCAGAGACUGUGCGGGCACAUGGCUUCAGCUGUCUUGAAGUGAAAUGUAAUAAAUUUUCAUUUGAGUAAUGCA